AGAUAUUUAUAACAUAACGCAAAACGAAAAGCUACUGACAACAACCUCAUAACGCAACGUUGAAUUUAUCGUUUUACUUUGUGCAAGAUUUAUGUAAAAGGAAUAUUGUGACAAUGAAAUCUUACAUUAGGAAUAUGUCUGUGGAAUCCGGAUCUGAAAGUGAAAUGUCGUGUGACGAAGCAGUUCAAGACUUUGAGGAGGUGAUCUCACAAGCUGUGAGAGAGACGAAAUGCAUUCAGGGGGUCUUCAAGUGCGCCAGCGUUCUUGAGCAUUCCCCGGAGCUGGUAGCAUUAUGCAUCUUGCCAGAAGAGCAAAGCAAGGAUAUCUCUGCGCACAUUCAGCAGAAGUUGAUCGAGGCUUAUUGCUGGGAGAACGACAUCAGAGUUGUCAACAUCCAGGAGAAGGUCUUCCACAGCAUCGCGAAGGCAAACAGAAAGAAGGCAUCGUCCGCAACUGAUCUGACGUGCAUCUUGCUGACCACUGUGCCAUGCGACGCAAGCCUCACGGAUAUCGAUGAUGGCGAUUUCAACGACAACAUUUCCAAUAACAACAUUGGUUGACGAUGACCCGUCACAACCCAAACAUUUAAUGGGAAGCCCAACCCAUUACAUCACAAUCAUGAACAGCAGCUGUCGCCAGUCCAAACUGGCAACAGAUGGCAUCACGCGUGUUUGAUCGUUGGGGAUCUGACGUAGCUAAAUCACUCGUUUGAGCUACAGUGUGGAUUUAGUUAACACCAUCUGAUGCAACAGACAGCAUCGUCGGCAGUGGCUGGUUCACUGAACUGGUUAAAACCGUUCGUAGAAACGCAGCGGCGAAGUGACGUAGGCUUGACCGUGGGGUGGACGUUGAUACGUUUAUAAUGAAGGAACUAUGAACUUCUGGAAAUAUGGACAAAAAUGAAGUGGUUGGAACGAAUGUGCAGCAAUUGAAUGGGGAUAGUUAUCUCAUGUGACUCUUGGUUUCUCGCUCAGGACAGUAUCGCGGACUUUAAUCAUGGGUGCUUCAGAGUUCAACAAUUCAUCACCCAACAUUUACAACAUGGAGAACUAUUUGUCAGUCGAUCACUGUUUGUACUUGACACAGUGUGCGAUAUAGAUAGAGCGCAUGACUCAUCACGCGGGGAUCACCACUGUAUGAUUAAACCAUAUGACUGUCAUAUUUUAAGCACGUGCUGUAUAGAGUUAUGCCUCCUGCAUGACUAUAUUAGAUAUUGGAAGCAUGUGUUAAAGAUUUAUUCGCAUGAACUUAAUUUAAUAUUCUCAUUAGAUAUGACGAAUUAUAAAUGCAAUAGUAAUUAGAAACAACUGAUAUAACAAGUAAUUUUCUUUUAUUAACUUACUUACUAACCAAUAAUCUUAAAUCUAUGUCGUAUGUGUAAAAACCUACUUAUGUUUUGACAUAGUAUAAACAUGCGAAUGUUUUACAUGAUUGCUGUAUUCUUUGAUUAAAUCAAUGGAAACGUUA